AUGAUUGUAAAAGUGGUUAGUCUUGUCAUUGUGAUUUCCACUGACAGCGAAGGAAUGCUCAAGUCAAUGCAGCCGAAGGAGGGCACCUUCUUGACCCACAAGGAGUUGAACCAUUUUAUGAAGUGGAAACACGUCACGAUUCCAAGCGGGGCUGAGGAGGUGGUUCAGCUUUGCGACGGCUCCGCGGACUGCCCCUGCAACGUGGGCUCCGCACAGCCAGGGGAGCUUUGUGAGGUCUUGUCAGACUCUGUGUCAGAUGCACUUCAUGGGGUAGCCCCAGGCCAUGUCGCGCCGGACCAAUGGCUGUUCCAGGCCCUGGUCAAGGCUGCGCUGGCCGCGCCUGAGGGCUGUGUCUGGAAGUCCGGUGGAAAGUUCCUCCUCACGAACGAGGACCGGAAUCAGUCGCCGACUGCCAUCGUCGGUGUGUUGGAGCGUGACAACCAGGAGAGCGCUGCGGGCAAGGGGAUCCGCGCGCUGGUUGCGCACACUGAGCAGGAGUAUGGCUACCGUGUCACGGCCAUCCAGCUCAAUUUUCAUCCAAACCACAAGUCGUCACAUAAGCAGCACCGCGACAUCUACGGUGCCGGCCAGAAGGGCGGCAUCAACUGUACCUGCAGCUUCAUGAAGUGCACGGGCACUGUUUGCUACUCCAUUGGUUCCAGCCGGCAGAUCCUCUGUGAAACCAUCACAGACUCGCGCUCGAAGUACGAGACGUGCGGGGAGGAGUGCACUGGCCGGAAGACCUACAAGUGGAUGCAUAGUGGCAGCGCCAUGCACUUCAACGCCCCAUGGAACAACAACCACACGCAUG